AUAUUAUAGCUCUCGCAUCAGUUCGUUUGUCGACUGCAUUUAGGGAACAUACGAAAUUGAUUUGUUUUGGUUUUAAACUGAAAACUGUGUCUCGAGUACGACCAGAAUGAUUACUUCGAUUCCAAUAGUAGAUCUGGAAAGAAUCUCUUGUACGGAAAAUACUAAUUCUUCUGACUGGGAAGAUGUAGCAAUUAAAAUCAGAGAAAGUUUGCAUGAUGUUGGAUUCAUGUAUUUGAUUAAUCAUGGUGUACCGCAGGAAGUGAUUGCGGAUAACUUCAAGAUUAGUGAAACGUUCUUCACACUCCCCAGAGAAGCCAAAAUGAAAUACAAAAAGAAUUUGAAAAAAAGUCGAAAUGGUUGGGUGGAACCAGGCGAGGAGCUACUUCAUCCUGAUUCAAAAUUUGAGUACCGUGAAUGCUUUGAUAUCAUCAGGAAAAAACCAGUCUAUCCGAACGAUGACAUUCUAGCAUUUGAAUCAACAAACACGAAGCUACAGUUCCAUUGCCAAAAGCUGAUCAGAAAUCUUCUAAAACUUCUCGCUCUAUCAUUAAAGCUAGACGACCACGAGUAUUUUGUUAAGUGCUGCCGUCAUUUGGAUAAUCCAGAAACAGACAACGAGUGUGAUUUCAGUAUGAUUCACUAUCCUCCUAUUCACUCAGAUACAGUUCUCCCACCGGACACAAUCCGAUGUGCUGAGCACACAGAUUAUGAAAUUCUCACGCUGCUUUUCCAAAAUGAAAUUGGUGGUCUUGAGAUAAAAUUAACAGACGGCAACUGGAUUGCUGCUGAUCCCAUUUCCAACUCGAUUCUAGUCAACACAGGCGAUUUAUUAGAAGUUUGGACGAACAAGUUUUAUCCAGCAACGCUUCAUCGAGUUGUCAUACCAAAGACGGCAGAGGAACGACGAAAGCCUCGCUACUCAUUUGCUUACUUUAUUGCACCCGAUAAUCGAACAAUUAUUCAACCACUUGAAUCGGAAGUCAUUCCACAUGAUGCAAUAUAUAGUGCAUCUGAGAAAACGUUUACUGCCUAUGAGCAUAUCAUGGAACGGGUUAACACAGCUUACGGUGUGAAAGUUAAUAAAUAAUAGAAAAUUGGCAGUGUUGUCUUCAAAGAUAUUCUGAAUUGUUAACUCAACGUAUUAAAUCGAUCGAUUUGUUUAUUCAACCAGCCGUGGAAGAAGAGGAAACACAUUAAAUAAAGAGGAGCGUAACAUGAAAUCUGA